UGGUAAAAAUGCCCACCCCAGUCCUCUUCCUCGGGUUCUCCGCCAAGAGGGACCAAGGAGAGCAGCCGCAGAACCCCGGAGCCUCGCUGGACUCUGCACACAGAGGACCUGGGACUCCAGCCCCGGAGGCCCAGGAAGGCCGCCUCCGGAGGAGCCCCCGCAGACGCCAUGCUAAAAGCCAAAAUGGCUGCCCCGAGGAAGCCCGCACCGCGCAGCUGAAGAGGGUUGGGGAGCAAGCUUCUGCGGGGAAAGGGGGAGGGGGGGCUCAGGAAGAGCCGUCACCAGAACUGUCGCCCCCAAGCCGCACAGGUUCGUUCCAGUUAAAACCAGCUACUGCCAUAGCUUUUUAAGUCUAUCUGGAAACAUAUUGGCCAAGGGGAAAAGAUGAUAAAAUUUUUCCUCAUGGUAAAUAAGCAAGGGCAGACCCGACUUUCGAAGUACUACGAGCACGUGGAGACCAAUAAGCGCACACUCCUGGAAGCAGAAGUCAUAAAGAGCUGCCUGUCUCGAUCCAGCGAACAAUGUUCUUUCAUUGAAUAUAAAGACUUCAAGCUGAUAUAUCGGCAGUACGCAGCUCUCUUCAUUGUGGUUGGAGUAAAUGACACCGAGAACGAGAUGGCUAUUUAUGAAUUCAUCCAUAACUUUGUGGAAGUUUUAGAUGAAUACUUCAGCCGAGUGAGUGAAUUAGAUAUAAUGUUUAAUCUGGAUAAAGUACACAUCAUUUUGGAUGAGAUGGUGCUAAAUGGCUGCAUCGUGGAAACUAACAGAGCAAGGAUUCUUGCCCCUCUGCUAAUACUUGAUAAGAUGUCAGAGAGCUGAAUCAUGAAGAGCCCUGCCUGACGAUACCCACUUACAGGAAAUGUGAGUGCCAUGGGGUAUGCCUGAACAUCUGCAGCCCACAAGAAUCUGGAAGACCGCACAUGGCAAAACAGGGUAUCCUUCCAAAGACUCUCUGUAGAUGUUUGCCACAGUUCCUAUAUGUAAAACAACACUAUAUCACAAGACAAUGUACAAAGAAUGUUUUAUCUCAACUGAUAAGUUUAAAUUCUUACUUUUAAAAAUCACUUUCUUCCCCUUGCAUCAAAUUUUGUUGAGUACCAAAGGAACUCUUUUGGGGCUCUGCUUCCUUUUGCAAAUUAAAUAAAGAAAUAGGAAAGAAGUUGGGAAGACGAUGUAGCAACUUUCUACCAGCCUCUUAAAAUUUACGGAAUUAUUUUAAAUAACAGUUUCUGAAUGCUAUUUUUUUUCAAGGAACUCUUAAAAUACAAGGCAAUUUAACUAAGUCUGUAGAAAAUUGGCAUUGAAAGAUAAUGUAAUUUGCCCACUAACUGGUGAAGCUGCCUUGUAUGCUGUUGCUGGUGCAUUGUAGAACAUACAGAACUGCCAAAGAUCAGAGUAUAUAUAUAUGUAGGGGUGGGAGGGCAGGUGCAGUGGAGGAAGUGGAAAUAUAUUUACAGUCGUGGGUUCAUCUACACUCUGCCUCUAAAACAAAACGUUCUGGGCCCUGAUAAUUCAUUCAUGGUUUUGCUGCUUUCUGUCUCACCAUCAGUCAGUUUUAUGUGUGCGUACUGGAGGGGAGGUCGUUGGUUUUUACUCUCUAUCCUUUUCUAAAUUUUCAUCUUAUGAAGAUUCAAGUUACCCUGAGUUCUGACCUGUGGAAGGUAGUGAGUGGUAUAAGCAUUAAGCAGCAAGGGUUCUAGGGAAAGCCCGUCUGAAUCGAAGUGCUUUGGAGGUCUAUCUAAGACAUAUUUCUUGGGAAACACUGUCCUAGAUGGUAGGCACUUAAUCAGUAGCCUAUUCAGGUAACAGCUGAAACUGGUACACCAGAGGUAGCUAGGGAGUGAACAAAAUUAAUUUUGGGGUCACACCAAAAUAGCAGUUAAAAUACAUCUUGGCACAGAUUUGAAAGUACCUUGAGAGAGUAACAGUUUAAAAAAACUAGGCACCACAGGGGGAGAAACAAAACAAAACUCAGCAGCUUUGGGAUGAGUAGAGACCCCAUUAGAUGUCCUGAGAUACAAACUAUAAUGUGACCAUUACCUGUCUACAGACUGUCCACCAUCUCACUAGACGAGUUUCACAUCCAUGAGCUGUAAGCCUCAGAUUGACCAGCUUUAUUUUGCUCUCAGAUUUAUCUUGCACGGAGAUGCCUGACAUUGUAAACUGGGGCUCCCUCCAAAAGACUGAUCAAUUGACCUACUAUAGUCACUUGCUAGCCCGGGGCCAGCAAAUGUUUCCUGUGAAGGGACAGAAAUGAAUUGUUUUAGACUUUGCAAGCCAUGGUUUUUAUUCUAACUACUCGAUUCUGCUGUUCUGGUGAGAAGCAGUCAUAAAUAACAGACAAGUAUGCAAAUUAACGACCUUGACUGUGUUCUAAUAAAAAUUUAUUUAUGGACUGAAA